AUGGAGCAAGACGGUCCAGGGGACUCCGGUCCUCCCAGCGACUCUGCAGCAGCAGCAGCAGCAGCAGAUGCGCCCCAAGCGAAUGGGGCCGUAGAAGCGCAGCAGCAGCUGCAGCAGCAUCAGCAGGAGCAGCAGCAGGAGCAGCCGGGGGAAGAAAGAGGCAGCAGAAAUAGCAGCAGAAGGCCUUCAGCAGCCUGCAGCGCAGCAGAUGAGGAGGAGGUUAUAUACUCAGACCACGAGGGACCCUCAGACGACUUGCAGCAGCAGCAGCAGCAACAGCAGCAGCAGCAGCAGCAGCUAGAAGCAGAGCAAGGGGAAGUCGAUGGCGGAGGAAAGGGAGCAGGUGCUUCGCAGGAGGGCUUAGAGGCGGCUUUUGGAAGCAGCAACGGCAGCAGCAGCAGCAGCAGCAGCAGCAGCAGCAGCAGCAUGGAGCAGCAGCAAAGCCAAGGCGCCUCAUCGGGUUCGAAUGUCUGCGCUGCGGAUAUGAACGGGAAGGGGGGAGGAGAAGGUGCAGCAGCAGCAGCAGCAGCAGGCGACGAGAGCACUGCAGCAGCAGCAGCACGCGCCACGGAGACAGGUGCAGCAGCAGCAGCAACUGUCUUUCGGUUUGCUGUUGCUUGCGAAGAGAGCGAUGAAGAAGGAGCAAUAUCUGAAGAAGAAGAGGCCCUAUCUGCUGAAGAUGCGUCUUGUGAAGCAGCAGCAGCAGCAGCAGUAGCAGCAGCAGCAGCAGCAGCAGCAGCAGGACAGUGCAGCAGCAAAACAGUCGAGGUUCAGAACGCCCCCCUUAGCUUCGAUGCUGCAGCAGCAGAAGCUGCUUUAAAAGAAGCUUGCGGCUCUUGUUUGCUGCGGCUGUCUACUUCUCCUUCUUUGACUGGAGAUGGGUUGCAGCUGUCUCUUGUCUUCAGCAGCAGCUUAGCAGCAGCAGCAACAGCAGCAGCACUUAACGGACGUAAGGCUUCCCGCAGGGUCCUUCGUGCUGCUGUUGCGGGGCCCCCCCGCUCCCCAGCAGCGUGGGGCCCCCAGAGGGGGCCCUCACAUAUGGGUGCUUCAGUUGCUGCACCAGCAGCAGCAGCAGCAGCAGGAACAGCAGCAAGCGGCUUCCGCGUCCCGCAGCAGCAGCUACAGCAGCAGCAGCUGCAACAACAGCAGCUGCAGCAGCAGCAACAGCAGCUGCAGCAGCAGCAGUUGCAGCAGCAGCCUCCCCCCCCUCCACCCACAGGGCCUGGAGGCGUUAAAGCGGUUUUGAGGCCCCGAGCAGUAAUCUUAAGGAGAGAUGCUGCAGCAGCAAACCCAGGAGGAGGAGGCGCAGCAGCAGCAGCAGCAAGUGCUGCAGCAGCAGGGGGCUCUCCUGCGGGGCUGGGGAGCCGCGUGUGCCUCACCCCACGGCCGGGGGACGCGUGGGGCUCCCAGGGGCAGCCAGCAGCAGCAGCAGCAGCAGCAGCAGGUGAAGCAGCAGGUGCUGCUGCUGCUGACGGUAGGUGGAGGGUAGAGAAAGUUAGCCAGUGGUCAGAGGAUAUGUCUAUAGAAGAACAGAUGCAAGACUUCAGGCAGCUGCAUGCGAGGUUCAGACACACCAUCAGAUAUUUGCUGCUGUCUAAUCUACCGGAGCGGCUGCAGCAGCAGGAGGCCCUCCUUGAUUGGCAUCGUCAGGUUGUGGGGCAGCAGGUGGAGGUCUUAAUUGAGAUUAUAAGACCUGAGCACCAGCAGCAGCAGCAGCAGCAGCAGCAGAGUGCUGCAGCAGGGGGCUCUGAGAAGUCGGAGACUGCUGAUGCUGAUGCCGCUGCUCCUGAUCCUGCUGCUGCUGCUGCUGAGGGCGAUGCUGCAGCAGAUAGCAAGGACCCUGCAGCUUGUGCUGCAUCUGCGACGGAACCCGAAGCUGCAGCAGCAAGUGCAGCAGCAGCAGCAGAGCAGCAGGGGAAGGAGGAAACUGCAGCAGCAGCAACAACGCCUGCCAAGGAGGCCGAUGAGGCUGCUGCCGCAGCAACAGCAGAAUCUGCUGCAGCAGAUUCACCAACUGCAGCACAAGCAGCAACAGCAGAAACAGCAGCAGCAGACGCAGCAGCAGCAACAGAAGCAGCUGCACCUGCGGAUACAGCCGAACCGAUGAGCGCGGAAGCUGCAAAAGAAGACAGCAGCAGCAGCAGCAGCAGCAGCAGCACAGCAGAGAGCAGUGGGGCUGCAGGCGAUGCCUGCGAGGGUGCAGCAGGCGAGGAGGCAGCUGGAGGAGCAGCAUCCGGCGGAGCAGCAGCAGCAGCAGCAUCCGGAGCAGCAGCAGCAGCAGCAGGGAGUGGGGUGGUAGCUCACCUAACUUAUAAGACAAAGCAUGCAUGCGUCGGGGCCCUGAGGAAGCUGCAGCAAAAUACUGAUGAUGUUAUUGCUGCACCUGCGGGCCCCCGAAAAGCAAAUGCUGUUCUAUGGGUCGGGAACUGCCGAGAUCUGAAGGUUGAGCUGCUAGGGGAGACGCGUCGUUUGUUUUCUUCUUUCGGGGUCUUAGAGCGUUUUCAGUUUCUCGUUGAGAGGGGCUGCGGAUUUGUGCAUUAUAAACGCGUUGCUGAUGCUGUUGAAGCUCGGAACCAUCUGCACGGCGUCAGCGUAGGCGGGGUGUCUCUGAACGUUGACUUCUCACCGUCUGGUCAGGCGUUUUUCAGCGAGAAGAAAAACGCAGCUCAGAGACAGAGAGACGAGAGACAGGCUUCAUCUUUGUCUCCUUCACGUCAGCAGCACCAGCAGCAGCACCAGCAGCAGCAGCAACAUCAACAGCAGCAUGGUAGGGCAGGCAGGCAGAGGCACAGGCAGCAGCAACAACAGCAACAACAGCAGCAGCAGCAGCAGCAGCAGCAGUCUACAAAGUCAUCUGCUGUUCAUUCGAUGCCACCCCACAUGCGGGGGUCUCCAAUAGGGGGCCCCCCCUAUGGGGCCCCCGGGGGCCCCGGGGGGCCCCCUGGGGGCCCCCCCCCUCUUUUUAGUGUGCGGCCAGGGGGCCCCCCAGUAGGAGACAGGCAAUUCUUCGAUGUGGGGCCCGGGGGGGGGCCCCCAGGGCCCCUACCUGUACGUAGAGGCGUCCUACCUGCACCUGGGGGGCCCCCGCUGCUGCGGGCUGGGGGCCCCCCCCACUUGCUGCUGCAGCGGGACAGAUUAGGAAGGCCUCUGAGAUAUUCAGGUGAGGGGCCCCCACCUAGAGUGCUGCCACCGCCACAUGACUUUCGUGCUGCUGCUGCAGCAGCAGCAGCAGCAGGAGGACCCUAUGAUGAACAACAUAGUAGGAGAGACAGCUGGGGAAGGCGGGGGCCCCCUACGCUGUAUGCGCAGCAGCAGCAGCUCAGACCAGAUGCAUUCAGAGACGAAUUUGAGGGGCCCUAUCGGGGCCCCUCUAUAGAAAGAGACAGAGAUAGACACAGGAGCAGAGACAGAGACAGAGACAGAAACAGAGACAGAGACAGAGACAGAGACAGACGCUCCUUAGAGGCCUCCCCCUCAAGCCACAGCAGAGACAGGCGCGGUGCAGCAGGAGACAGCAACAACGAAAGCAGCAGCAGCAGCAGCAGCAGCAGUGGGGCCACCAUAACCAGCGAGUUGUUGUCUCUGCUGCGGCAGCGGCUUCUCAGUGGUGCUGCAGCAGGGGCCUCGAAGCAGGCCAGCACAGACGACAGCAAACGCAGCAGCAGCAGCAGCAGCAGCAGCAGCAGCGGUAGCGGCGGAGGAGCAGCAGCAUCGGAGAAAGGCAGCAGCAGCGGGAAGGACCCGCUGCUGCAGCUGCUGCAGUGUGAGCCUCAGCUGCUAGACUGCAUGUUGCUAGACCUGGCUCGGGAGCGGCUGCAGCAGCAGCUAGGAGACAGCAGCAGCAAAGGUGCUGCUGCUUCUCCUUCAUCUAGGUCUCCUGCUCGCAGCAGCAGACGGCAGCGGGGGGGAGGCACACAAGCUGAUGAAGCUGCCUCUAGAGAGAGGGGGGGCCCCGAAAGCAGCAGCAGCAGCAGCAGCAGCAGCAAAGGGGUUGCUGCAGGCCACAGCACCGGCUUGAAAGAAGCAGCAGAGGAGACACUGCAGCAGACGGCGCAGCAGAGGGUCUCUGCAGCAGCAGCAGUUGGGGUGAUGAGGGUCCCCACGGCAGCAAGCGGCGUCGCGUUGGGCAUCACCCCCCAAGCAGCAGCAGCAGCAGCAGCAGCAGCAGCAGCAGCAGCAGUGGGGGAGUUGGUGGUGCUGUCUCUGGGGGCCCCUCAGGGGUGCGGGGGGUCCAUGGGGGCCCCCUAG